AAGACCUUUGCCAAGAGAGGAACGGUUAUGUUCGAUUUCAGAUAUAUCCACGGCCAGAAAUGGUUCCAGAAUCUCCCUCUCUCUCUAGGGUUUCUGAUGCUCGGCAGUUUUUCUUUUCUUCUACCUUUAAAUUUCGCGAUCUGAAAUAGGUUCCUCUAUUCCGAUUGAGAGUUUAUGAUGCGAUUCAUGAGAAUCAAAUCCUCUCAUAUACACGGACCCAGUCUUUGAUCAUUCAACCUAUAAUUAAAAGAAAUGUCUAUAGCAAAUCUGAUCAGCCAAUCGCUUCCAUUUUCAUCAUCAUCUAAAAGAAAUGCUAAUAUUCACUCACCACCCAGGUCUAUUAGUUUUAGACCUAUUGUAAGGAUUUCAAACACCAUCAGAGCAAUCACAAGAGGAGGCGGACAAACAAAAGACAACAACAACAUCGAUCACUUCCACAAAUCAAACAAAUCUAAACAGCCAAAGCAAUUUGAGUUGCCAGGUUUGACAAAGACCGAUGUAAAAGCUUGGGCAGAGGAAAAGGGAAUCGAAGCUAGUGGUGGAGAAGUUGUGAAAGUGAAAAUGAACAAAGGAAAAUGCAUUCAUCAAGGUUUGAUUACUGAAUCGCUUCCUAAUGGUAUGUUCCGAGUUAGAAUAGAGAACAUCGAAAGUUUGAUUUUAGGUUAUAUUUCAGCCAAAAUCAGAGAUAAUAAAAUUAUGAUAUUAGUGGGAGAUAAAGUUGAGAUUGAAGUAGAUCAUCGUUAUGAUUCAAGUAAAGGGCGAAUUAUUUAUAGGGUGGACAACAGGUCGCACAAGGCAGGGAAAAAGGCUAAGAAGGAUCAAAAACAAAAUAAUAGACGCCGCUCAUAACGACCUGAAUCAUGGUUUUCUAGUCUUGUAUUGCUGUCGCUGUCCGAUGGAGCCUCAGGGUUCAGGGUUUGACAAGUUUUUUGGAAGAUAGUAAGAAGGCAUUUUGGUAGAUUUGCUUGGUGAGUAUGACGUACAAAAUAUUUUCUUUUACAGAUUCAGUCAGUGUUAUGGUAUUUUUGUUUGUGUUAAAAUUGUCAAAUUCGUGGAGCCAAUCAACCAGUUGCCACUUUCAAGGGACACAACUAGUACAGACUAGAGACGGCUGGAACAAUAACGUUUCAAGGGAGACGCUUUGGUAGAGAGACAGAGUAACUGCUAUAACCAAAAGUUGCGACUAAUGGGUGAUGUUUUAUAUAUAUAUUUCAAGCCCCUGUGGUUGUGGUUCAUAAUAUUUUUUCCUUCCUUUUUCGAAACUCUCUAAAUCACUUCGACCUAUCCGAUGGAGGAGUUCAGAAUGACGAAGACAUAUUCAAGGUGCACCAGAAAAAUCAAAGAAUUGGAAGAUGAACUAGACAGAGCGACGGUAAUAGCAUUCUAUCAAUUUUUUCACAAUAUCACAAGGCAUGGUAACCGAAAGCUUUUAUUCCUGAGGAAUCUUCUAUCAAAAGAGAUUGAAUCUCAUCAUCCUCGUAAACCACCACGCCAGUAUUACAAAGUUGAUCGGAAACUCACCAAACUCGAAAAUUUGAUGGAUGAAAUAAAUGCAGGAACACGCAAAGCGGAUGCUGAUUCAUUGUUUUCAUCAUGCAAAAAACUGAAAGGUCUUGAUAAUGCUAACAAGAGUACUGGAUCAACAAACAUCUUGGAUUCACCAAUUCACGAUGUUGAUGAGUCAUCUGAAGUGGAAGACGCGGGUUUAGCCGGUGGGGAAACUAAGCCGUCCCGGAGCAAAAGAGUUGGAAAAUGUAGCAUUUCAUAACAAGUUUACUAGUUGUAUUUGUUUUGUUGAGUGCACUAAGAAUUGCAAGCUUUUCUGGUUACUCCUGUUAUGAUAGGAAGAGAGGAUUGGGGGAUUUCCUUAAUGUAGUCAAAGUUCGAAGCGCACAGACCAGUUUUUGGCUUAAUUUGUCAGCAAAGUAGAAUACUUUCUAGUCUGCAUUGUCAUAGUCCUGGUGGAUAUGUGUUAAGAAAUUAAACUUGAUCUGGAUAGAAUUUUAGUUUUUUAGUUUUUUUUUUUUAAUUUCAUUUCUGUCGUAAUAAUCCUGGUGGAUAUGUGUUAAGAAAUUAAACUUGAUCUGG